AUGUUUGAAUUGGCAUUGGAAUGUUAUGACAAGGGAUUAGAGAUUGACGCACAACAUGAAACUCUUUUACUCAACAAGUUGUCGGCAUUACUAUCACUCUAUCGAUACCAUGAAGCAUUUGCAUUGGGUGAACCACUGUUGGCAUCUGGUACGUUGGAAGAUAAUAAUAUUGCAAGAUUAUUGACAAGAUUGGCAAAAGGAUAUUAUGCAGUUGGAAUGUAUGAAAAGGCAUUGGAAUGUAAUAAUCGACUAUUAGAGACACAACCAAAAAGUGAACAUAAAGAGUUGAAAUUAAAUGUACGAGAUUGUUUGGCAAGAUUAGAGGAACGAGACAAUGGUAUAUUCAAAUUCAAAGAACUCAAAGAACAUCUAAAGGCAACUGAAGAGACUGAUAUUAGCGAGUAUAUUGGUCCAGUAAGAAUUAAAAAGACCAGAACCAAAACAGCACCAUUUAUCAAUACAGAUAGAAUUGGUUUGGAAUGUACUAGAGAUGUACAGGGCGGAACCAUUCUAUUUGUAAACAAGGCGGUCAAAUAUGUCAAAGGUCUAAGUAGUCAGAAAUUGAUUUUCGACCAACAAGAUUCAUUAAACAUGUUGAGAGAAUGUACAAAGGCCAUGCCGAGUCUAAAUCAACAUCAACAUCGUCAAUGUAGAGCAAUAUUGGCAUUUGCACCACAAAUUAUGCAAUUUGAAGAGGGUACGAAUAAUUUGGUAGAACGAGUUCAAGCCGAUCCAAAUUUACAACUAGAAGAUUUUAAAUUUAUCAACAAUCAAGAGACAGAGAAAAUGGAUAUCAAUUACAAUCAAAAUGAUAGAAAAUUUUUAAAUGUUGAAAUAUCACAACUUGCUCUUUUUGGUGGUAAUUUUAUUUCAAUUGUUGGUGCUUGGGGACUCUGGCCCAUGCUUACACUAGUCAAUCAUGCCUGCAUUCAAAAUGCAGGUUAUUUUAAUAUUGGUGAUUAUAUCUUUGUCGUGGCGGCACAAAGUCUCAAAGCAGGAGAAGAAAUUUUCAUUUCAAGAAAAUCAGUAUCAAAUCUCUCCUAUUCCGAAAGAAAAGAUCAUAUUGGUCUAUGUGAAUGUAAACUUUGUCGAUUGGAUAGUCAAGAAUCUGCAGCCAAUUGUCAUCUACGUAAAUUAAUAUGUGAAGAUUAUUUUCAAAAUAUUCGUCCAAAAUUAUAUCAUGAUAAUGCUACACCAGGAAUUUUUGGUCCUAAAUUAGAAUUGAUGAUGAAACAAUUAAAAAAUACAUAUAAUGAUCCAGAAAGACCAUAUCAAUUAGAAUUACAACAUCCAUUUACAGGACUUGCAGUAUCAUAUCAAGAAACAAGUUAUGAAAAGGCAUUGGUUGCUUACCUAAAGUUGAUUGAAAUGAAUGGAUUUACUGCAAAGCUGUGUAUGAAAAAGGAUAGGGUUUCAAAAGAUCGCAUUCAUCAUACUAUAGAGUGCGAGGGACCUUUAGUAUUUGCCCAUGCUGGUAUGUUUAUGACAUUGUUAAUGAUUGCUGGAGCACUAGACUAUCAAAUUCUUGUAAGACAAUGUCUUGCAUUAUCACGUAUGGCUGCUUUUAUCAAUCAAGGUUAUACAAACAAAGAACAUGCUCAAUUCUUUAAAUCAUUUGGUCAUACCUCUUUUUCAUUCGAUUCAAAUGAUACAAUUGAAUUAAUUGAUAUGAAAAAGACAAAAUAA